AUGGCGUCUCCUGGACGUCCUGGCCAUGUUCUGGUCCCUCGGUGCCCUGUCAUUUUCAAUGGCACUAAUUGGAGCGAUUUUGUUUUCCAUAUGGAGGUCCACAUGGAUGGGCAGCUGCUGUGGGGCUACCUCACGGGUGAGCGGAUCUAUCCUUCCCGUCCUCUUCUUCCCACGCCGCCCACAUACCCGCCAGAUGCUGAUGAUGAUGCCAAGAAUGCUUUACUUGAGGCAUUUGAGGUUGAGAUGGAGAUCUACCAGUCUGAUCUCGGUGUCUAUGAGACUUGGCUGCGCGAGGAAAAAUCUGCUAAGGCUAUCUUACUUGCGAGCAUGGAGGUCGGUCUCUCGUUAUCCCUUAGAGGUCUUGCCACUUCACACCUUAUGUGGGCUCACCUCCGUCGCAGUUAUGAGAUUCGUAACGAAGCGAUGUACCUUGUUGUUGAGGAGGCUCAGUCGCUUCGUCAGCUUGACUCCACAGUGGAGGACUUCCACCGUCAGAUGAUGGUAUGCGGCAUCGCUGGACAGUUUGGGCUUUGA